AUGGAGCAACUCAAUCGUGAAGAUGUCAAAUCGCGGCUUAUUAACAUCUUUUUACAGGCAAAUACUCAAUGUGUUGACGAACUUACGGUCACGUCUGUUGCUGAGCGGUACUUUGCCAAUUUAAACAUAGGAGACUGUCCAAUUGCGAACGCAUAUGUUCAUAUACUGAAAAGCAAGAUUCACAAUUAUAGUGAUUCAGGACUAUUUCUAGUGGGAAUGAGUGCCAGUCUCCAGCUGGAAAUUCAGGAGGGCAGUCUGGCUCAGAUUCAUCAUAGAUUAAUAAGUCAAGGGCUACAAUUAGCGUUGGAAUGGACCGUGCAGUAUCUUGAGUCCCCUAGAUGUCCUGUGCGAGUGGCAGUAAGUUGGCGCUCUUCCAUCUUGAUCACCGCCGUGAUACGAAGUAUUAUAGCGUCCAAGUCAACGACGAGCAUUGAUAUCGAGAAUAUGAACGUUGUGGUUGCGCCUUUGAUUAUUCGAGCAUUUGUGAGUGUUUUCGAGUAUGUUAUCGAGCACCCGGGUGAGAACGUUCCCGUACAGCUUCUAUAUACUCCCGGCCUAGAGUCUAUCGCCGAGUCUGAAGUUUGGAAGCAAACAGUUUUUCUUGAUGUUCCAUGGCCUGACCGUGGAAUUUGUCAAAGCACAAAGCGUUCUCCUGCUAUCUCCAAUGUUCGCGUCGCCUUGUUCAACAUCACCAUCGAACCGCUUAUAGAGUCGAAUGUGAACGAUUGUUUUAGUAAUACAAGCAUCACGCACAAGGGUUCGUUAGAUGCUUUCCGACUAAAGGCACUACGAAAAGUUGGAGAUCAAUUAGAGCAGCUAGGUGCUACAGCAGUGUUUUCGCAGAAAAUCAUCCCGAGUUAUCUGCAGACGUAUCUAGCUGCUAAGGGAAUCUUCACACUUUCCCAACUUUCCGCUGCCCAUAUCCUUGGUGUUCAAAUGCUUAGUGGGGCAACUAUCCUUAGUGACUGGAAUAUCGAUGAAAGUGUUAGAAGAGACUCGUUGGGUUUCUUGACUCUUAUAACCACUCACACGCUGGGCAAGAAGCAAUAUAUUCGACUGCACCGUGAGGGCUGUGCAAGUCAAACGAUAGACAGCAAGAAAGCCCAUGCAGUUACGACAAUCACAGUUGCAGCACCUGACCAGAUUGCGUACGAUGAAUUGAGCCACGUGAUGAAUGUUUCACUUUCAAUUUUAGCAAAGUUGAUCGAAAAUCCGGAUGUUGUAGCUGGUGGCGGUUGUUUCGAAAUACAUCUCGCAGCUUUGCUACGCCAUCGUGCAAGUCAGCUAGUCCCUGUUUCAGUGUCGGAUACGGGAUCAUUCACAAGCACGCAGAUACAAAAGCAAACAGCACGGACAUUGAGUCAGCUACGCCAAAUAGUCACUGUUUUUGCUGCUUGUCUUGAAGAUAUGGCUGGGCGCUUAUGUGGAAGUCAAGCUUCCUAUGUUGAUCGUGUGGCAACAAUUGAUCAGGUUCGCAAUGCAAAUUGUGAGUCUCUCAUGGCGACAAAGGCGAUUUUAGAUGAAAAUGUUUUGACAAAGUCCAACGCGUUUAAGCUUUAUGGCUGGGAUACAAAGAGGCAUUCUGUGAUAAAGGUACUAGCUUAUGACGAUCGGAAUGAUAACCAUGGAUGCGACCAGAAGAAAGUUAUCAAUGAUGCUUUAGUCGUUGAUGUUUUACAGUCCAAGAAAAAUGCUUUGGUGCUUGCAAUCGAGAGUGUGUCGUCGUUAGCUCGCAUUGCGUCAGUAGUCCGAGCUAGUUAA